UUGUGCUGAACGGAGCAGCUGUCAUUAAAUGGGUGCAAAUAUCAAUCGAAGCAUUUUCUGAUCAGAAGCGUUUUAACAGACAUGUGGUUUGCUGAAGCUGUUUUUUUGUUUGUCGGCGUCAUCCUGCACAACUCAGAUGUUCAGGGAGAGAGAAACAGAAUCUGUGCCUUAAAAGGUUCAUCUUUGGAGAUGUUGUGCUACAGUAAACCUGAGCCAAACCCGACAUGCUACACUGUCCACCAAUCCAACGACUCGUACUUUCAGAAGGAGAUCCCUGCAGAUUCGACCCGGAUAAAAGUCAACCUGACUGAAGGGGGCAACGCCACUCUGACCAUCAACCAUGUGACAGACGCUGAUGAAAACAUUUACUGCUGCUCUGAAAAUACAGAACAAUGUUGGAAGAACGGCUGUGAACUUCAAGUUGCAGACGUGCAGGUGAAGGUGCUUCCUGCUGAAGGUCCAGAUGAACAGGCAGUAACGCUGAUGUGCACCACCAGCUGUGAUCUGACUGAGAAGCCCACAUCCUACAUCUGGUACAAGAACGGACAGUUUCUGUACGAGGACUGGUCUCCCUGGUACCAGGAGGUGCUCAGCGGUGACAAAGACACCACUUACUCCUGCUCCAUCAAAGGACACGAGGCUGUCAGAGCUCCUCACGUCUCAGUGGAUUCUGUCAGUUCAGCCUGUUUCACUGUGAGCUAUGCAGAGGGAAGGAUGUGUUCGUAUAAGCAGAUGUCAGUGGAAAAGUCCUGCUCCAUCACAUACCCCAAAAAUGUAGUCAUUAUUAAAGAAUUAUUAGAGGAAAAAAAGGAUUUUUUCGCACUGAACUGUAACAGCAGCUGUCCUGAGGCCGACUCUUACAACGUCUUCAAGUGGUUCAUCAACAGAGAGCUGUUCAGACACUGUGAGAAUCAAUACAUUACAAUUCGCAAGACUGAUCGAGUUAGCUAUGACACGUUCACCUGUGCUGUAAAAGGCCACGAAGAUCUGCAUUCUGAUGAAUUCGAUGGUGAUGCCAUUAAAUUCAGCCUCAGGAGAGUCUGUGCUCUGGAAGGAUCCUCAGUGACUAUUUCCAGUCCUGGUACUUCUAGUUACAGUGUUUGGAAGUUUAAGUCAUGGUAUGAACCAGAGACGAAACCUGAUCGUGUAAAGUUGCAAGUGGAAGCAGAUUAUAUGGAAGUGAGUGAGUACCACACUGACCUGACUGUGAAACACCUGAUGAAGAACUACUCUGGAGAAUACAUGAGGACAAAAAGAGAAGAAGAAAGGCCUGAUGAUUUUUUUCCUGGAAUGAUUUUGAUCAUCACAGGUGUUAAAGUGACCAUGUUUCCCUCUGCCGUGGUGACAGAGGGCCAUAGAGUCACAUUGACCUGCACCACCAGUUGUCCUCUGACUCACACCUUGACGUACAUCUGGUUCUUCAACGGUCUGACCCUGAAGGAGAAUCCAAAUAAACACCUGGUUCUGGACCCAGUCGGCCUUCAACAUGCAGGAAACUACUCCUGCGCUGUUGCAACCCCUCAGAACGUCAGCUCCUCUGAAGAGGCUCUCACUGUUCAACCUCAGACGAAAGCAGUGUUAAUACUGAAUGCAAUAAAAGUGAUAUUGUUAUUGCUGAUACCACCUGCUGUAUAUCUCUUCUGCUUCUAUAUCAGAAGGAAGAAAACUCCAACUUCUGCCACUAAGCCAAAGAAUAAAGUGCAGAUUGAUCAGAUGGAAAUGCUUUAUGAGAGCAUCCCAAUGACGGUCCAGAAGCCUGUGGCUGCAGCGAGGGGAAAAAAGGCAGAGCAGCCAAUGAAUAAAUUGGAACAGCGUUACGAGAGCAUGCCGAUGACGGCCCAGAAGCCUGUGACUGCAGCGAGAGGAAAAGAGGCAGAGCAGCCGAAGAAUAAAAUGGAACUGCGUUACGAGAGCAUCCCAAUGACGGCCCAGAAGCCUGUGACUGCAGCGAGGGGAAAAGAGGCAGAGCAGCCGAAGAAUAACUACCCAGAUUCCCAGCUGCCAGAAGAAGUUUGAGCAUUCUGAGAUGAGACAAACCUCUGAACUAAAGGACGGUGGAAUUUAUUACACAAUACAAAAUGAAGUGUAACGCUACCAAACCUUAUCUAUCAGCUUCCUGCUUCAGAUAGUGUUCUUAUCUUUGAGUCAUAUAUCUGCUCAAGAAAAAGUACUUGUGGUAAUGUUACUCAAGUUUUGCUUUUAUUAAAUCAGUCCAAAAAAGGAACAAUUGGUCCCAAUAUUACAAAAUAUCUGUAUUAUCUAUGAAACCUGAACCUUCUAUAUAUUUUUAUAUGGUCAUGGUGACAAAUUGAUGCAGCAAAAAUAUGUCUUAUUUGCUAACAAAAGUCUGAUUAUAAAAGGUUUGUAUUCCCCUGUUUCCCUCAGAGGUAGGUACUGUGCAAAAGUCUUACGCAGCCUUUAGCUUUGUUGUAUUUGCUGGGUUGUAAUAAGUGUGACUUUAUUCCUAACAAGAAGUAUGUAGGGAAUAUGUGCAUAGUAUUGAAACACACACAAACAAAUUAAUUCACAUUUAUUUUAUGAAAUGCAUUACACAUAUAUGCAUUUUUCAGUCUUUGUGGUACUAUAUGUACAACUGGAAUAUACAACAAAUGUGUAAAGAAUAUUAUAAACAAAAAUACAUUUCAGAAAAGAAUCUGAAUAUUGUAGAUGCUACAUGGGAUCAUCUGGAGAGAGAAAAGGAUAAAAGACCAUGAAAACCUCCAGGUCAUUCUGAAGGUGUGUAAUAUGACACAAGAUUAUUUUAAGAAAACAUCCACACAGUCGACCCAAGAGAGGAGGUCACACUAAAUACUGACAUUCCCUCCAGAAAACAACAAAGCUAAAGGCUGAUAAAGACUUUUGCACAGUGCUGUGUGUAGAAAAAAAAACUGAAGCAGCAAAGCUUGCCAAAAGAAAAUUUGUGUUACUGCUAAAACUUUUAGCCAUGAGCCCCGGUUUUAAGUUCUCAGGGAAAAUUCGCUACUAAAUGUUAGAUAAUUUCAGUCAUUUAACCUGAAAAAACGUGUGAUAAUUUCAGGAGAGCUGGGUACAAGUAAAGCAUUAAGUCGUUUAGUUUUGACAGACAGGAUGCAUUUAACAUGGUGACACCUGCUGGUUAAUAUUUGAUACUGCACACUUACCAUAACACAAAGACAAUACUACAUCUUACAGAGGAGAUAUAACAUUGUAACGUGUGGUUUUGUCAUUUUUUUAAGUGAAAAUGGUUGUAAAACUAAGUUCUGCUUCUCAUUAUUUCUUUGCUGUUUGUGAAUAGCCUUUGGGAGAUGUCUUGGUUCUAUAAUCAUCUAUUCGUUUACUGAAGGUGAGUGACACGUAAUAGAUGGAUUGCAAAGAAUGCACUUGCUUUCACUGCUUAUAAUUUUAAUCAGAACAUUUUGGUUUAUAUAUCAUGUCAAAUUUGCAUAUGAUUUUUUAGUUUGAUGUUGUAUUUAUGUGAUAAUAGCCAUUCUCUCUGUUAAUCCAUAUAUAUAUAUAUAUAAAGUUUUUCUUUAAUUCAAUUUAUGUAAAAUGUUGCUUUUUUUUAAUACCAUAUAUUACAUGCAUGUUUGUUCAUCCUGGGGAGCAGUUUCAACCACACUGCUUCCUGAAAAUGAAGAUGCCUUAACAUGAAAUAGGAAAGACCUUUGGGAGCAGGGUUCAUCACAAAAUUCAAUUGUUAGAGGAAAGGAUUUAACAAAUGGGUCCAAAAGACAGAAUUUAUGGGGGAUUAAGAGAAUCUAAUGAAGGAAAUUGAAUGUAAUAUUAAUUUCUUUUUUAUGUAAUCAUAUGAAAAUAAGAGGUUUUUAUAAUGAGUCUUUUAUAUGUGCAGUUUUCCAGUAACAAGUAGAGCCUUUGUAUGAAUGUGUUAAUUGCCAAUGAAUGUCUGUGAAAUGUACAAAGUGCUUAUAGUUGUUCUUCAGUGUAACUCUUAAACAUGUGAGGGAACAAAAGAAGGGGAAAAAAUUAAGCAGCAAAGCUUGUCAAAGCAGUAUAAUUGUAUUAUUUGUGCCAAACCUUUUGACUGUAUGACUGUACAUCUGCCAUGUUGCACCACCAUGUUUCUACUGUCACUCUAAACUUUCCUUUUCUUCUUUUUACCAUUUUACAGCAUGCCCACCUGUAUUAAGGUGCAUUACUGUCACCUGUUUGUGCACCAGAGUUAAUAUUGUUAUUAUAAGACAAAUACUAAGGGAUUCAAAUUUUUUUGUUUGUUUGUUUUGUUUUGCUCAUUGCGAACUACAACUUCACCAUUAGAUGACACUGGGGUAAUUAAUCAAUGAUCCAUCAAAACAAUAAGUCAUUAUAUCAAAGAAACAAGUUAUAAAUAGUACCUACUUGAACUAAAUUUUAAAUGGGCAGAAGGCCUGUUUGCUUAAUAAGUUAAUGCUAUUUUUUAUGCUAAUGCUAAUGUUUAUUUACACAAAGGUGGAAAUCAAAGGUGAAUGCAUCUUCUACAAGUGUUGUUUAAAAACUUGUAGUAAAUGGGAAAAUGUUGUCUCAUGAGCAGACAGAAGUGUGUAGAAACAGGUGAUAAGUACUGAUUUGUU